CCUUCACACACUCCCCCUCGCUUCCCUUCCCUAAACCCCACUUCACCCGACUCCUCGAAUCCUCCUCGCCUCGCUUCCGAUUUUUCUGGGGGGUUUAGCGCCUCCCCCAAUUCGGCGACCACCCCCUCCCGAUUCCGCCUCAGUUCCUGCGUCGAUCGAUUGCGAAAAUCCCCUUCGUUACCAAUCGCAUUUGUUUGUUUGUUUUUGUUUGUUUUUUUUGGGCGUUUGAUGCCGUUGCGGCUGAGAGGCGGCGGGGGAUCGAAGCGAGGGAUGCCGGCGGCGCCGACGGUGACGCCCAAGGCGGUGAUCCACCAGAAGUACGGCGCCAAGGCGUGCUACAGCGUGGAGGAGGUGCGGGAGGCCGUCGACGGCGGCUGCCCCGGCCUCGCGCUGCCGCAGCAGACCAGGAGCGUCUACCGCUGCUCGCUCGACAUCCCCGGCCUCACCGUCGUCACCCCGGGCACCUUCGUCAGGAAGAAGGACGCCGAGCAAGCCGCCGCGCAGAUUGCCCUCGACAAGCUUGGUAUUCAGCCCACUGCAAAUGCUCCCAGUACUCCUGAAGAAGCAUGGGAUGAACUUAUUGCUCGCAUAUCUGGUUUUUUUACAGAUGAGAACUUCCCCUCGUCAUCUCAUCCUCUUAUUGGCCACAUGUGUGUGACAUUCAGAAGAACCGGGGACCGCUUUGGUAUGAUUCCUAUGUCAGCAAUUGCUGCAUGUGAUGUGAAGGUCAUUGGACUGUGUAAACUUAUUGACCCCAAAGCGGAGUUUGAUCCUCUCUUGGUUUUAUCAUUAAUCUAUAAUGCUGCCAAAAAAUCCCCUGGUGUCUCUGUCAGUGAUAGCAACUUCUGGAUUUGGAGUCAGAAGCCUUAUUCCCCUGAGGCUGUUGAUUUGGCACUUCAGCAUUGGUCUGGCAUAACGGAUCCCAUAGAAGUAGAUGGGAUUUUUGUUCCUUGUAUGAUGGAGGAUGAACCUAAGACAAUAAGACUUACUUUAUCACAUAAUGAACAUUACAUGGGUGAUAUAGUGUCUAAGCUCUCUGCAAGUGAUUCCUCCCACGCUGUUGUUUCAAGAACUGUUGGCAAAGCAUCUUCUGAGAUAAGGCUAUAUUUCUCAGCUCCAAAUGUGCAAUUUGUUUCUGAGAUAUCACACAAUGUGGUUUCUUCUCUUGGAGAUGGCUAUAUGGAGAGCCUAAUAAAUAAGCGAGCUUCCUUCAUUUCUGGUCAAACAAUUUAUGGAGAUGCAAUUUUGGCUAAUGUUGGAUAUACAAGGAGAGACUCAGAGCUUCAUACUGAAGAUGUUACCUUAUCCAACUAUUACAGGAUUCUUCUGGGCAAAUCACCAGAUGGGAAUUACAAGAUAUCCAGGGAUUCAAUUCUGGUGGCAGAGCUUCCAUCUGUGUAUUCUCGUUCUAGUUGGAAGGGUCUCUCUCCACGAGAUCUUCUCUGCUCAUUUUGUCGCCUUCACAGACUAGCAGAGCCCUACUUCGCUGUCAAUAGGGUAAGUGCCUCUUGUAAAGUGUUAGGAUCACCUGUAAGCUCCGAGGAGAUGGACGUGCUAAAGAAUGCUGAAAAUCAGUGUGCUAGUGAUGGAAAGAAUGACAAGGAAAACCCAGAUAUGUUCAAAUGUGAUGUCAAAAUAUAUUCAAAGAAGCAGGAGCUUUUAUUGGAGUAUUCGACAGCUGAUACUUGGAGCAAGGAAUCUGAUGCCAUUCACAAUUCUUCAUUGAAGGUGUUGAUUUGGUUCUGUAGUUAUUUCAAGCAACCGAACAAGCAUGUACUGAAGCUCUCUCAUUCUAAGAGCACUGAUGGCUUCACAAUAUGUCCAGAUAAUUUUUUGCAUGAAUUUGCCAUGUUCUUAUCUAUUUAUGGCAACAGAGGAGGUGAUGACUCAAGUGCAUGCAGUACAGUUGGAUCGCUUUCUAUGGAUACCUCAAAACAAAAGCUUGAAAACAAUGCAGUUUUAGCACACAUUGAUGGUCCAGAUUCUGGUGUUUUUCCAUCCCAUGGAUCAUUGACUUGCAUAAGCUAUACUGCUUCCUUGGUGGUGAAGGACAAAACAAACAGAUAUACGCUAGAAAGCAACAAUGAGUUUGAGUUUGAGAUAGGGACUGGGGCUGUUAAGAAUCAGAUUGAAUCAUGCGUGAGUCAGCUGUCAGUUAAUCAAAGCGCAUGUUUCAUAGCUGAAUUGCCUCCUAAGGAUUUGAUCCUUGCUGCAGCUAAUGAGUUUUCUCAUGACCUUUCCAAGAUAUCUAGAGACAAUUGCUUCUUGGAGUUCUCUGUAAAGGUAUUGCAGGUAACUGAACCAUUAGAAGAUAGAAUGGAAAAAGCCUUGUUUAAUCCUCCUUUAUCUAAACAAAGAGUGGAAUUCGCUGUUCGGUACAUCAAUGAGCUGCAUGCUACCACAUUGGUUGAUUUUGGCUGUGGAUCUGGUAGCCUUCUUGAUUCAUUGCUUGAGCAUCCAACAACCCUUGAAAAAGUUGUCGGUGUUGACAUUUCUCGGAAGGGUCUCACACGAGCAGCAAAGAGCCUUCAUCAGAAGCUGAGCAAGAAAUCGUUGAUGCAGACAAGUGUUCCAACGGCUGUGCUCUAUGAUGGUUCUAUAACGGAUUUUGAUUCUCGCUUAUACAGAUUUGACAUUGGCACUUGUCUUGAGGUGAUUGAGCACGUAGAGGAGGACCAAGCAAGUUUAUGUGGCGACGUCGUCUUGAGUUCGUUCUGCCCUACGGUGCUGAUUGUUUCAACACCCAACUAUGAAUACAACCCUAUCCUCCAGAGAUCAGCUAUGCCAAACAAGGAAGAAGAACCAGAAGAAAACGCUGGUCCUUGCAAGUUCCGAAACCAUGACCACAAGUUCGAGUGGACAAGAUCCCAGUUCCAGCACUGGGCUACCGGACUCGCAGAAAAGCACAACUACAGCGUCGAGUUCAGUGGCGUUGGCGGAUCAGGCGAUGAACCAGGCUUCGCUUCCCAGAUCGCUGUCUUCAGAAGAAUGGCGUCGGGUCAAGAUGAGGUUUGCCAGGAGGGAGAGCUGCAUCAACCUUAUGAGCUUCUCUGGGAAUGGCCAAAUGCAUCGUUGCCAUCUCACUGAGUUCUUGUGGUAGGGAGACACGACAACUCUAUUAACUCUUCACCAUGCUUGUAACUGAGAUGGAGAUUCUGAUUAGUACUGUAGUUGGCAUUAACUUGUCGUCAGUAGGAAACUCAACUCAAGAUCGUGUCCCCGGAUGUUGGUGGGUUAAUGCCUUGGGCUGUGUUCUAAAGUCAAUGUUGCCAAUUUCACCAAUCUUGUUUUCCACGUGCGUAUUUUCCGAAUAGCUAAAUAAUGUGUUUUUUUAAAAAAAAUUAUAGGAAAGUUGCUUUAAGAGAUUA